UCAGCUCAGCUCUGCAUUUAGUGACUGAAUCCCAUUCCAAGCUGAUCGACGCGGAACAUGAACAACCGUCGAUACAAAUUUCGGUCUACCACUAUGACCAGGUUGAAAUAGACUUAUGACGGUUUACUUUUAGUGUCGAUCUGACCUUAGACUUAGAGUUAGGCUUUGCAUGUGUGGACAUGAUUCUGAUGAUUUGUUGUCGACUGAAGAGCUAGAGUUUAUCAAUUUGUUGUUGAAGCCCACAUCUGGGCAGCUAGUACCAACAUCUGCUUCAAGAGCGCCCUCAGAGUUUAAGUGUGGACAGCUUUGGCGAUCUCCAUCAUGGAUGCAGACUGCCGGUUCUCCAACAAUGGGUUGGUGAUGACUAUGAGUACACUCGCUUCCUUCACAUCAGGGACCAUGCUUGUAGGGUUCUGUCUCAGUGUCACCUUCGCUAUCCUCUUUAACUUCAAGGUCACAACAAAGACGCACUGUGGGGUUGCCAACUACCUACCGUCCAUCAGCGCAGCCAUUGCAGAGCCACCGUCCUCCUACGUGUGGAGGUUUGCUGUGGCACUGUGCACUAUUCAACGCCUUGGGCUCGCCGUCACCCAUUACAGCAUGUACUCCUCAAUCUCACUCAACAAGCCCCAGUAUAGGUGGCUCUGCAAGCUCUGUUUCUUUUGCGAGUUGACAGAGAACCUGGGUCUCAUCGGUCUGACUUGCGUCUCCUCCGUUGAACAUCACCAGGCUCACGAGUACUUCUUCAUAGUGUUUCAGGCGAGUGCCAUGCUUUAUAUGAUGCUCCAGUGUAUGGUGUACCGACUCGCUAUCACCCAUGGACCAGGACCUACUCAUGAGGAAACCAAGACUUUCAUGAGGAAAGUGUGUCUGUUUCUCACCAACCUUAUUGCCUUCUUCUCUGCCUUGUAUUUCUUCUACCGUCAUAACCAUUACUGUGAGCCUGGAGUGUACACCAUCUUUGCCUUCCUGGAGUACAUUGUCGUGAUUAGUAACAUCCUCUUUCAUUACAUGGUGACAAACAAUUUCAAAGAGAGGGAGGUGAGGAUGGGCUCUCGUGCCGGGAGUAAACUUUAACGUUUUUCUUUACAUGAUAGGUGCCUUUGAUGAUUCCAAUGUAGUGUGCCAUGUUCAAGGAUCCUCAAAAGCAAGCGAAAGAGUUGUCAGAUGUGAUGAAGCUUUGUCUAAACUGGGUUACUUUGGAGGAGACUUGGGAAGGGAGUGUACUUUCAAAGAAUCUUGUUUUUCCAUUCAAGUUCAUUCCAUUUUAUUCCUUUUUAAUGUAGACUGUAGAUAUGACAUUUUGUGUGAUUGUCAUUGAUGUGAAUUGGUGCAUAAAACUUUUUUGAGUUUUUAAUUCCUUCCAUUUUAUGUUUUCGACUUUUGUUAUUAUUCUUUUUUGUUGAAAAAUAUGUAUGAUUUUUAUCUGUUUUAAUAUCAGUCAUAUCAGUCUUUACAAAAUACCUCAAAUGUGAUUUUUGUUGUUGCUUUGAACGUGCCGAUACAUAAGACACCAGGGUAUUUGGAUACCACAAGGGUUUGUGGUCUAUGUCGGUAGCUCUGUGAGUGCUUACGAAAUUCACUGUACGCUCCUGUAUAUUGGUAGCCUGGUGGUCCACAAUGGGUUAUGUAACAAUGACAGGUUUUAGAUUUAGAUCUACAAUAAUACCGUCUGUCAGCCAAUGGUUUUACUUAUCAUUAUAAAAAAUUUAAUUGUCACAUUACAUAUACAUAUAGUUUAUCUUUAUCCGUGAAGUCUGGUCACCUUUUUAAGUUAUUCAAAAUGAGAGAUAUUUAUAAGAUAUAUAUAGUUGUCAUUAAUUUUUUGUCUAAUUGUGCUGCCAUAGACUUUAUACAUGUUUAUAUUAUGAAAUAUAAAUUUUAUUAAAAAUAGAUAUUUUUCAACUUUUUAUAAAUGCACUGGUAGCUGGUUUUUAAUUCUAUGUCUAAAUGCUCUUCUAGAGACUUUAAUCAUGUUUACUUUAUAAAGUAUACAUUUUAUGCAAAAUAACUUUUCUUACAUUUUUUUUAACAACGUUUUACAAAUGUACUUAUUUUUUCAAUGACGGGUCAUAUCGUCCUUGUUUGCACAAAGUGACGGUAGUGAGGAAAAUCGUAACGCAAAGUGAAUGCAAUUUUUUUUCACUACCGUCACUUCGUGAAAACAGCGACGAUAUUUGUACUAUUUUAAAGGUGUUUGUUUAGACUUUGUCAAAAGGCAAAUGAAAUAAUGCCAUACAUUUUGUUCAGGAUUGAUCUAUUUCAUAAUACAGGGUUUAUGCAAUUUUAAUGAUUCAAUCAAAUCAAUUCAGGUUACUGGUACAUGUUCAUAUUGUCUAUAUUGAUAAAGAAAUGGGUACUAGAAUGUCCCAC